UCACACUCAGUGAAAGUAAAGCUGCUUAGGUAAGCUUGAAUCCUCAUUCUUGGUUCCAUAUGUUACUCCUGAAUCAGAAUGGCUGCAAUUUUCUGUUUGCUUGGUCUCUGGGCCACCAUAAUCGUAUCGCAUGCAAGCGCUCAGACAUCCUGUGAUAACAACAAAGGCAACUACACAGUCAACAGCACUUAUUACAGCAACCUCAACACCCUCCUAUCCAGUUUCUCUACCCAGGCCCAAGUGAACUACGGUUUCUACAAUUUCUCACAUGGCCAAGGCCUAGACAAAGCAUACGCCAUUGGGAUCUGCAGAGGGGACCUUACACCGGAAGAAUGUCUCAAAUGCCUCAACGAAAACGGAGCGGCUCUCAGAAAAAACUGUCCAAACCAGAAAGAGGCAAUUGUGUGGGAUGGUGAAUGCUCCUUGCGCUACUCUAACCGCUCCAUAUUUGGCCUCAUGGAUAAUCAACCUACGGUGUUACUCUAUUACACGUUGGAGGUAAGGGGUUCGAUUGAGCAAUUCAACGCAUCACUUGAAAGCUUGAUGAGGAAUCUAACACGAACAGCUGCGUCUGGUGACUCUCGUCGUAAGUAUGCUACAGGCAGUGCACCUGCUCCAGAUUUUCAAACCAUAUACGGUUACACGCAGUGCUCGCCUGAUUUGUCUUCGGAAGAUUGCUCUAAGUGUUUGGAUGAAGCUAUUUCAAAAAUCCCAGAUUGCUGUAAGGGCAAGGCUGGAGGCAAUGUUUUGAAACCCAGUUGUAGAAUUAGAUUUGACCCUUAUAUCUUCUAUGGACCUACACUCAAGUUAGACCCAGAUGCACCACCAACCACCCCACCGCCCUCUCGCUUACCCAACAGCACUUCUAUACAUUCUCAAGGAAAGAGCAACACGUCACGAACCGUCAUCGCUGUAGCAGUGCCAGUUGCUGGUGUUGUUUUAGCGCUCAGUCUUUUUUGCAUAUAUCUGAUAGUUAGGAAGCCAAGAAAACAAAUAGAAAUUGGAAAAGAAGAGGAUAGUGACGAUGAAGAUGAAGUUACAUUUACCGAGUCAUUGCAAUUCAACUUUGAAACCAUCCGAGUUGCCACAAAUGAAUUUGCUGAUUCUAAUAAGCUUGGACAGGGCGGGUUUGGAGCUGUAUACAAAGGUCAGCUUUCCAAUGGACAAGGAAUUGCUGUCAAAAGGUUGUCAAGUAAUUCUGGGCAAGGAGAUACGGAGUUCAAGAAUGAAGUGCUUUUAUUGGCCAAACUUCAACACCGAAAUAUAGUCAGGCUGAUUGGUUUCUGUUUGGAAGGAAGAGAAAGGCUGCUUAUCUAUGAAUUUGUUCCUAAUAAAAGUCUUGAUUACUUCAUAUUUGAUCCAAUAAAGAAAACACAGUUGGAUUGGCAAAUGCGCUACCAAAUAAUUAGAGGUAUUACAAGAGGCAUUCUCUAUCUCCAUGAGGAUUCUCAACUACGAAUUAUACAUCGAGAUCUAAAAGCAAGCAACAUUCUCUUGGACGAAAACAUGUAUCCUAAGAUAUCAGAUUUUGGGAUGGCAAGAUUGUUUCAGGUGGAUCAGACUCAAGCAAAUACACACAGAGUUGUUGGAACCUAUGGAUAUAUGGCUCCUGAGUAUGCAGUAUAUGGUCAUUUUUCAGCAAAAUCAGAUGUUUUUAGUUAUGGUGUAAUGGUUCUUGAGAUUGUAAGUGGGCGAAAAAGCAUUGGUGCUCGUCAUGGGGAGACAGUGGAGGAUCUAUUGAGUUUUACAUGGCAAAACUGGAAGAAUGGAACAAUUACAAAUAUUGUAGACCCCACAUUAAUGAAGGGUUCUCGAAAUGAAAUGAUAAGAUGUAUCCACAUUGGGUUACUAUGUGUUCAGGAAGAUAUGGCCAUCAGACCAACCAUGGCUUCUGUAGUACUCAUGCUUAAUAGUUAUUCUAUCACUCUCCCAGUACCUUCAGAACCUGCAUUUGUUGUGAAUAGUAGCACAAGAAGCUUUCCAAACAUGUUGUCGGGAGAACAUAAUUCAGAGAAAACAGGAUCGACUGAAUCCACAAAUAAACCAGCUCAAUCUUCGGUAAAUGAGGUUUCAAUUACUGAGUUAUACCCUCGCUAGAAUUUGACACAAUAAGAGUAGUUUGAAGCUUAGAUUACAUGCUUAUUGUAGCUUUUUGUUUUGUUCAAUAUUUUGAUUGUUCUAUCCCUGGUUAAGCUUGCCUACAGCCUUGUGAAGCUUAAUUUACAUCUUUCUAUAUGGUAGAACGAAAAAUUAAUUGUACCUGAAUAACAAAGAUAUUGAUUUUGUGCAUAUAUAAUAUUUCUGCUUUGUCU